ACAGGAAUAUGGCAUCCGUUAAUGACAUAAACAAACAUGUCGUCAAAGAAAGCGAGCGGCUCAAGCUAGAAAUGGAACGAGAAGAACAGAUGGCCAGGGCUGCAUCACUGGCUCAGAAAGAAUUUGAAGAAGAAAAGAAAAGGAUGGAAGAAGACUUAGAAUCCUUGAAAGGACAGAGAGAUCUAAUGAUUCAAGUUGCAGAGGGUGCAGGUCGCGAUAUGUCAGUAGAUGACACAAAUUUUCUGGACUACAGCAUUCGCCCAAGCGCUGCAAUGGGCGGUGGCGUCGGAGUCGUGUUAGAGGUUGUCGGGAAGGCAGUAAACUUUUUCACUAGCAUGUUUAAAGGAGACAAGAAGAAAGACAGGUACAAAGAGCUAAUGAAGGGACACCAAGCGGCAGAAGACAACGUGCACAUGGCACAGCAAGAACGCCGUGUUGUCGUAGAACGUAUGCAUGCGCAAAGGAAAGAAGCGCAUCAACGUCUGGCAAAAAUGAAAGAACUCAGCAUGCAUCAUGCUGGUCUGGGCAAUGUCGAAAGUCUCAGGGAGGCCUCGCUACAUCUCGGGGACGUGGAUCGUCAGUUCACUAGAAUCAUUCAGUUCUGGGAGAACAUGGCUGCUACACUGAAGUAUGUGAAAGAGGAUGUAAGGUCCGGGGAAGUUUACUGGAAGAAAAUUGAAGACGAGAGAUACGCACAACGGUUCAAGAAUUCCAUCAGUAGGGCCGUAAAGGACUGGCAGUUCUUUGGCAAGAUAUGCAGUGACUACGUCCAAGAAAGUGACACUGAAAUCAUGCAGUUGUACAACUUCCUGUCAUCGCCUAUCGAUCACAUGUCUAAUGCCGACAGAACAGCGAGGCAGAAGGCUCUGAUAUCCUCUAUAGAGGAUGACAUCGACUCCGCGUUUGGGGGGGAACAUUAACGUUAUUUCUUACCGUUGACCUAUCGAUUGUUUUGUAAAUUGUUCGCUUAUUUUUAAAAACAAUUGGUAAUCAUGAUCGUACAUGAACAAUUCUCAUUAUAUGUUAGUAGUUUCGAAUGUUUUUAUUUCGUUGUUCAAUAAGGUUUGAAUGUUGUGUUGAAGUUGAACAUGCUAUAUCACACAUUUUUAUAAAUGUCAGUGUUAUUCACGACACGAGUGCGUUCUUCUCUGACACUGUACUAGAUGAUUCACAGAAUUAGUAGAACUGUUUCAAUAUUACUAUGACAUGCAUAAUUAUUAUAGAUCAGUCAUAACGUUUUAUCAGUGUUAUAUGACCGAUUGCCUUUCCGAAAGAAUAAUCCAUUUAAUUUACGUGAUUUUGCUAAAUCUAUUCUUUUCAACAGGUUACACAGCGAAAUUCCUCCAAUCGACGAUGUUGGUCGUCAUAAAUAUUUG